UAAAAGCGUAUUAUAUUUGUAUAUUAAGAAUUUUUUUUUCAUUAUUUGAUCCUUUUUUUGAACAAUUCUAUGAAAUGAUGAUCCUAAAUCUAUCUCACAAUAACAAGUUGCAAUUAGAGGAUUAUAACUUUAAUUUAUCUGGUAUGCUACGCAUAUUAGACUUAAGCCAUUGCGACUUAAAGCAUUUGCCUGAUUAUGUUUUUAACGGGAUCAUUGGACUACGGACUUUGAAUUUAGAGAAUAAUCUUUUGGCCAAUUUAAGUACCAACACUUUUAAAUUCCUCCCUGAAAUAGAAACAAUUAAACUUUCUUAUAAUAAGUUAACGAUUUUACCAGAAGGUGUGUUUCAGUCUUUACCGGUAAGGUUUAUUGACGUAUCUCAUAAUGAGUUGACUAAAAUAGAACCUAAAGCAUUUAAUACCCUACUAAAUCCCCUUGAGAUUUAUAUUGAGAACAAUAAGAGAGGAUUAGAGAUUGUUAAUGAGGCUUUUUUUAAUUUGAGCGAUAUUGGGAAAGUGUCUUUAAGAAAUUCUAAUUUAUUAAGGUUUACCCUGAAGUCGUUCAAUAAAGUGGGGAAAUUCAGGCACCUUGAUAUCAGAAAUAAUGAUUUUUCCCAAAUAAAGUUCAAUAAAAAAAUCCAUUUAAAGCAGCUGGAUAUCAGUAUUAACAAUGAAAGUAUUCCUUCAAAAGCUUUUUCAGGCCUAGGAACUUUGCUUACUUUAACCAUAUGGAAUUCUCACAUAAUCAGCAUUAAUAAAAAAGCAUUUCAAGGACUGUAUGGACUAACAAAUUUAACUUUAAUAAAUACCCUAAUUGACAAUCUAGAAUAUGGUGCUUUAGAGGGUUUAUUUCUAUUAAAAUCGUUCGAUGCUAAAGUGAUGUUUUCUGGAAAAGCAGCAUUAAAAGCCGACACUUUUAAAGACUUAUAUACAAUGCAAACCUUAAACUUAUCAGACUUGAACCUUACAACGAUUGAACCAAACACAUUUACAGGUUUAUCCCGAUUAUUGUCACUCAAUAUGUCAAAUUGUAACAUUUCCGUUGUAAAUCCAGCUGCUUUUGAUGGACUUAUUGAGACUUUAUCGUUAGAUUUAAGUUUCAAUGCCAUAAAGUCCCUAAAAGUGAAACAGCUUAUCGGUUUAAAUAACUUAAAAACAUUAAACUUAAGUCAUAAUGAAAUAACGGAUAUUGAAAUAGGCGCUUUGCAAUACUUCCCUACACUAGAAAAACUGAAUUUGAGCUUUAAUAACCUCACGGAAUUCAAAGUGGGAACGUUUUCCAAUUUGAAAUCUCUUCAACGUUUAGAUCUGCAAAGGAACAGCAUCUCGAACUUGUUAUUCGAGACUUUUUUCCCGCUCGAGUCUCUCGUUACGUUAAAUUUGGAAUUUAAUAAUUUAAAAACGAUCGGGCAUUUGCCGUUGGUGUCCAAUUUAAAACUGUUGCAGCGGAUCAAGAUCGCCAAAAAUAAAUGGAAGUGUGAAUUUUUGGGUGACAUGCUGAUCACGUUGAAGAAGUACCGCAUCGAUUAUUCUUCGGACAAUAUCAAUUAUAACGACGAUAACAUUAAUGGGAUUGAUUGUAUUGAUGUUUGCAAGUACUUGUUGUGUUUAAAGGAUUCGCACGGUAUCAAUUGAUUUAUGUACGCGGGAUUGUUUAGUGCAGUAGGUUAGAAAUUAUUAAAAACGCAUUAUAUUUGUAUAUCAAGAAUUUUC